AUAAAUAGUGUGAUCUCAAAUUGAAAGGCAUAAAUAACAGCAGGAGUGAUCUAACCCUAUGCAGUUCAUCCUCGUCGUGAAAAAAAAAAAAAAAGGGAAGGAGAAACAAUAAAAAGCUUCCAGGGGACGUGUAGAUCUCCUACUGAAAAAAACGAGUGGAUCUCUGUGGGUAGGUGCUACAAGAUCACAGGGCAGCCAUGGAAGAACUUACAGCUUUUGUAUCGAAAUCUUUUGACCAAAAAAGCAAGGAGAGCAGCGGCGGUGGCAACAGCAAGAAGGAGACCAUCACCUACAGGGAAGUUUUGGAGACGGGCUUGGCUCGGGCCAGGGAGCUGGGGAACUCUGAUAGCAACCUCCAGGACAUUACAGAGAACAGCAAUCACUGCCCGCUCCAUCUCUACAAAGAGCACACAGACAUUGACAAGGACAAGCUCAAAGAUUACAGCACCAGCAGGAUUUCUGAAGGCAUCUAUGAGUGCAAAGACAAGAGGGACGAUGUGAAAUCCGAGGAUGAGGAUGGGCAAACCAAGCUGAAACAGAGGAGAAGCAGGACGAAUUUUACAUUGGAGCAGUUAAAUGAACUUGAAAGACUGUUUGAUGAGACUCACUACCCUGAUGCUUUUAUGAGGGAAGAACUGAGCCAAAGGCUGGGACUCUCUGAGGCCAGGGUGCAGGUAUGGUUUCAGAACCGAAGAGCAAAAUGCAGAAAACAAGAAAACCAAAUGCAUAAAGGUGGGUAUGGUGUGAUUCUGGGAACAGCGAGUCAUUUAGAAACAUGUAGGGUUGCACCAUAUGUGAACAUGGGAGCGUUGAGGAUGCCUUUCCAACAGGUCCAAGCUCAGUUACAGUUAGAAGGUGUAGCUCACGCACAUCCCCAUCUUCAUCCACAUCUGGCCCACGCUCCCUAUCUGAUGUUUCCUCCUCCCCCCUUUGGACUUCCAAUUGCAUCAUUGGCAGACACAGCCUCUGCAGCAGCUGUGGUUGCAGCAGCUGCUAAAAGCAACAGCAAAAACUCCAGUAUUGCUGACUUGCGACUCAAAGCCAGGAAACAUGCAGAGGCUUUGGGACUUUGACAAUUCAGCCAUUGGCUAAACAUUAACUGACUUUUUGAUUCUCUUCUCUGCCAUUAUAUGACUCUUCAGAUGCCAAAUGGGUUGGUAAAAAUACUUUGCAAGUAUACUAGAACAAUUAAAGGGCCUAUACCUGCCUCUGUAGAAGAUCAACAAGGAUUAUUUAUCAAAGGCAUCAUUUGGUUUAGUUAAUUAAACUCACAAUAAGCUUGAAUGAAAUAUCAUGAAAUUUGAACAAUGUUUGAAACCACAGUGAUUCUGAAGCUGGAGACAGAUGGAGAAAGAUAAGAACAUAGCCUUACAUAAUUUGGACAAUUGUGGAAUUUUGAAGAGGAAUGGAAAACAAAGAUUUUUUUUCUUUACCCUUGACAAAAAAAGGAACUUGAGCAUUACACCAUUGGCUGCUUUCAGUUUCUCUUCUGCAUGUUUCUGAGGAAAACAACAUGGAAAAUUCAUAUACAUAGAUCAAUAUAUUGUAGAUAACAAAUCACUGGGGCUGGUCUCCAUUAAAAAUGGCAUCUCUUUGUUGCCAAUGAUAUUACUUACUUCCAUACAUUUCUUCCUUUGUAGACACAGUCUCCUGGAUAUACAUGGAGUUUUGGAUAUAGAGAAAGCAAGAAUAACCAUUCAUUAUGUGCAGCAGCCUGCUCACAAAAAUAGGCAGCAAUAAUUUAUUUUCUUUUUUUCCAAAGAUCACAUUUGGAAAAAAAUAUAUACAUUACACCAAUUGUUGGUGCUUUCAAUACCUGAAAAUAAAAAUACCUAAUAAUUACCACAAAGACAUUAUACUUUUUAAUAUAAUGCAGUAUCAUGUGCUCUGUGCCAUUUACCUUUAAUCUGUCACCAUGUCCAAAAUUCAGAAAUAAUUUGAUUUGGAAAUCCCGGAGGUAUUUAUUGUAAGGAGGAAGAAGAUGGAAUGGUGGUGUCAGAAAGUAAUAUUAAUACAGAAUUAAUGUUAGUAAGAUGCAAUUAAAGUGCAGUAAAGUGCAAUACUGUAAAUAGUAUAGGUUUACGAAAUGAAAUCUUGAGAUAUCAAUAAUUAAAUUUGCCUUCACCUACGCUAAGCCUUUGAGGCUUAAAUUGGGUGUUGCAGUUAAUUUGCCAAAUGAGUAUAUUCCAUGAGAAUGUAUAAAAUAAUAUUGUCUUCUUCCUUGAAUGAAGAAAGUUGUUAUGGUUGUUAAUAGUCCGUGUGCCAUAUUUUAAUGAAAUCAGCUGAAAAUCUGGCAUGGUGGUUUUAGUAUUGAUUUGCCAUUUUUAAUACACAAUUUCAAUUGGACACAUCUAUGAUCAGGGCAUUGUCGACUGGUUGACGUAUACAUCAAAAAAGUAAAUAUUCAUAUUAAAAUAGAUACCAAAGUGUUCGCUUUUUUAUUUUAUUGCAAAUUCCUUCUGCCUAAGCAACUUGGAUAACAUGCAUACAAUUUCCUGUUUACCUCUACAAGAAAACAUAAAUAUUUCAUCAUUUUAGUUUGGCAUUUGUGUUAGGUACAUCCAAGACAGGCAAACCUUUCUGUUUCUUUGUAAAGAUGUAAGUGGAUGUUUUAUUUAUUAUUUUGUUUGAAAUUUUAUAAAUGUGUAAUAUUUUAAAUAUGUUGAGUGUAAAUUUGACAAUGCUUUGCAUUUAUUUUUAUAUUUUGGAAUUUUGUUGCUUUUGCAAAAUGUUGUAGGCAUUUAGCCUAAAGUUUUUUUUGGCAUUGGCUUUACCCACACAAAUGUAGCCCUUUUGAUUGUAGCCUGGAGACAUAGCCAUGUGUGAUAAAUAAAGCACUUUUGUAUAGGGCAUGUUACAUUCUGGCAUGAUCUGCAAAAUCCUCUCUUGCUAUAAUUUCUUAGCAUCAUGUCAACUAGUACAAUUAGUUGGGCUGCAUAUAUACAUUUUGUAUGUCUGGAUAAUCAGACAUUUCAGGGAUUGUAGAUAGGAAGAUUUCAAGCCUGUCAAAAAGCAAACUGGUCUUAAAAUCUGUCAUACUGCAUCAUUUUACAUUUCCAUAUCCAAGCUUCAAUACCAGCAUGCUUCAACACCGAUUCACUAAAUCAUUUUAUGUUCAGUUUGAGAGUGUAUUUUGGUAAAUCACAAGGUAUGAAUGUACAUCUCAAACACGUGGAAUAUUAAUAAACUUAUAAAUAUUUGCA